CACGCUUCGGUCGUAACGUGAUAUCGUUGCGUGCGUAUGUGUGAGUCAGUCAUGUAAACGCGACUCACCGCUGUCUCUUUUCUUUUCGCAUUGUUUUCUCACGGCUUGGUUUGGUAGCUAGCCAGUGCUAGUUUCGACUUGAGUGCGAACGGAUUACAAUUAUUAAUUUGUUGCGUCGCGAUAAUAAAAAAUUAACGUAGGGACCUUGUGACUUAGUGUUUUUUAAUUAGUAUUAUUAAAUCAGAAUGAGUGGGCCACCUACUUCGAGUGCAAAAAAAAGUAAGACUUACCAUUAUCACAGUGAGUGGGAAGAGGAAUUUUUUUUCGUUAUGGUCAAGGACAAAUGUGUGUGUCUAAUUUGCAACUCAAGUGUAGCAUUACCGAAAAGAGCAAAUGUUGAAAGGCAUUUUAAAACUACGCAUUCCAAAUACGCCACCGAUUUUCCAUUUGGCAGUGAAAACCGAAAGAUAAAAGUACGUGAAUUAAAAAGCAGCUUAAGUGCACAACAAUCUUUUUUUACGAAACCAGACUCGAAAUCAAAAGCUGCAACACUGGCGUCAUUUGCUGUUAUAGAAAUAUUGAUAAAACGAAAGAAACCUUUCGAAGAUGGAGAAAUGAUCAAGGAAGCCAUGCAGAGAGCUGGAGAAGCACUUUUUAAUGACUUUAAAAACAAAAAAGAAAUUAUUUCAGCAUUAAAUGACAUUUCACUGUAACGAAACACAGUAAUGCGACGCAGUGAAGCCUUAAGUGAAAAUUUGGAACAAUUACUUAAUGAAGACUUGCAGAAAUGUUGUUUCUUGUCACUACAGUUUGAUGAAUCCACCGAUGUAACCGACAUUGCUGAAUUGUGCGUUUUCGUGCGUCUAGUUUUUGAAGACAUGACGACAAAAGAAGAGUUAUUGACGAUGAUUCCAUUGAAGGGGCAAACCAGAGGUGAAGAUAUCUACAGAUCUUUUAAGAGUUUUGUAGAAAAAACUGAAUUUCCGAUUCACAAACUAGUUGCUAUCACGACAGAUGGAGCACCCGCUAUGCUGGGACAAAAAGUUGGAUUUGUUUCAUUGUGCAAAAAUGAUGACAACAUUCCAAGUUUCACCAACUAUCACUGCAUCAUACACCAGCAACUGGAGAAUUUGCACCUGGAGUUCGAAAGAAGGUUCGCGGAUUUUGCCGCUCUCGAAGAAGUGCUAAGUUUCAUGGUAUUCCCUUUUAAUGAAAAUAUUGACAUUGACAGCUUGACCGUUAAAAUCGGCAACUUAACCGAUGCUGAAUCUGUUGUGGUCGCAGAAAAAAUAAUUAAAAUGAGAAGCGACAUAUUUUUGAAAGCUAGAGCAUCUGGUAGUACAGAUUUUUGGAAAAUGAUUUGCAAAGAAAAGUUUCCAUGCCUAAGAAAGAAAACAUUUGUACUUUCCAGUAUCUCCGUCAAACACAGUUACCAGGAACGAAAAAAAGGAACCACUUCCGGCAGCCAUUUUAUCAGAAGGGUUUCGACGACUGAUCCAGAAAAAAUAGACGACAAGCAGAAGGCCAAAGAAGAGAAAGAUAAAAGAAAACAAGUCAAGCUUAAGCGCUCUGCUGAGAAAAAUACAAAAAGUGCCAGAAAAGGAAUAAAGAGAAAAAGGACUGAAGAUACGGAAAGGGCAGAAGAAACAAAUGAUGUACCUGAAUCAGAAAUAGAUGGGCCACUACAAAUAUUAAAGGGAAAAUGUGCAACAUGCGAUGAAGACAUGGGCACAGACACGGAAGACAAUGACUUAAAAAAUAUUGGUUGUGACAGACACAGACAAACAAUAAUAAGACACUUGGAGAAAGAUAAGAUUGAUUUCCACACUUAUACUCGAAGAAAGGACAAAAUCAAAAAAAUUGUGCUAAAAGCCGCUCCAGGCCUAGACCUAAAAGAUGUAAAAGAGGAACUCGAGUUUGACGGCGUACCAGUAAUCGACAUCAUUAGACUAAGAAGCAAGUCAGAAAAUGUAGAAAGUCAUUCGUAUCGAGUGUGCGUUAAAAAAGAGCAAAAUCUAAGAGAACUUCAUAAAAUAACAAGGGUACAAAAUACUAAAGUAAAAUGGGAAGCCUAUGCAAAAAAUAAUAGAAUCACUCAAUGUUAUAGGUGCCAAGAAUUCGGCCAUAAUCAGGCAAAUUGCCACAAGGAACCCAAAUGCGUGAAAUGCGCGGAAGGACACCAAACAAAUCAAUGCCCGCUACCAAAAAACAGAAAAACAAACACUAGAGGUGGUAUCCUCAUUCCACAGUCAAAGCAAGUAACCUUGGACAAUCUAAGAGAAGUAGUUCUAAGUUUAGGGAAUAACAACGUUCCGGUGCAAUACCAAAGAAGAUUUCAUAGAAACAAUCCAAUCCCGGGAGCUAUAUGGGAAGGUGCUCCAGAAAACCCAAUAUUGCUUAAUGCAGAUGAGAUUAUCCCUGAUGAUUAUGGUCAAGAAGAAUUGACCGAUGAUAUAGUGGACUUAAAAGUAAAGAUAAAUUUCUUAAAUAAGAAGGGACCAAACUAUUUCACGUCAGCAAUAAGCCUUAGUCCUGAUGGUAGUAAAUCUAUGUUAGUAUGUAACGAACAAGAGUACUUAAAAGUAUUAGAUAGAAAUCCUGGGGAAGAUAUUUUGAGAUAUUAUGAUAGGCUUAAAUUAACAGGGGAUAUUACUGAAUUUUACAAUAUAGAAAAAUUAACCCCAAUAGAACAAAUAUAUGGUACCCUGAGUUUACUUGGUGAGAAAGCCAGGUCGAGAUAA